CAAUGAGAACGUAGCACUUGCAGCCGGCUGGUGCCCACCCGCCCCUGCCGCCGCUGCAGUCGAUUCAGAAGUAGCAGUGACCUUCCGCCAAGUCUUCGCCACUGCUCGGGAGAGGGGGAGGGGACCGCAGCAGUCGCCUCGAUUUCAGCCAAUAGAAAGUAAGCUUCAUGAAGAAAAGAACUGUUUCUUUUUUCUAUUUGUAUCCCUGGACCUAGAAUCACAUAAAAGUUGUAAGGAGUGAACAAUACAUUCCCAAAAAUGGAAGCUCAAGCAUCUGUUGACAUGUUUGCUAAAGUCCUGGAGAAUCAGUUGCUUCAGACAACCAAUAUUGUGGAACAGAAGCUGGAUGCUGAGAUACAAAAACUGGAUCAGAUGGAUGAAGAUGACUUGGAGAGCCUCAAAGAAAAGAGACUUGAAGCACUAAAGAAAGCACAACAGCAGAAACAAGAAUGGCUUUCAAAAGGACAUGGUGAAUACAGAGAAAUACCUAGUGAAAGAGACUUUUUUCAGGAAGUCAAGGAAAGUAAAAAAGUGGUUUGCCAUUUCUACAGAGAUUCUACAUUCAGAUGUAAAAUACUAGAUAAACAUUUGGCAAUAUUGUCCAAGAAACAUUUGGAGACCAAAUUCUUGAAGCUCAAUGUGGAGAAAGCACCUUUCCUGUGUGAAAAACUGCGUAUCAAAGUUAUUCCCACCCUAGCUCUAGUGAAAGAUGGAAAAACGCAAGAUUAUAUAGUAGGUUUUACCGAUCUAGGAAAUACAGAUGACUUCACCACAGAAACUUUAGAAUGGAGACUUGGUUGUUCUGAUAUUCUUAAUUACAGUGGAAAUUUGAUGGAGCCCCCAUUUCAAACCCAAAAGAAAUUUGGAAGCAACUUCACAAAACUGGAAAAGAAAACCAUCCGAGGAAAAAUAUAUGAUUCUGACUCUGAUGAUGACUAGAGUUCUGCUAGAAAUCUUUGUAAAUCGUCUUUUGUUUCCUCAUACAUCAAUUCCAGGAAUGUUUUCUAAAAGUUAUUAUUUUCAGUACAUUUGAACAUGAUGCUCAUUUUCUAUACAGUUUUAUACAACUGAAUCAUAGAAGACAUCUUAAAUAUUUUCUGUUUUGAGGUCAUUUUUAGGUUGCAGAGAAUAUCUGAGCUCUUCUGAAUUAAUAGUAGAAAAUGACUGAAUUCUUUCGAUUUCUCGGAUUAAGAUUUAUUUCCAAAUGAGUUUUCUGUAAUCUCCAUCUAAACAUGUUUAUACCAUUCACUUACUGAUUUCAAAAUAGCAUCACAGGAAACUUCCAGGACUAGCUUUUAAACAGCAUCCUUUACUUUGUAGAGCCAUAUUCACAUCAUUGACUAGAGUCACCACUCUGCACUCUUCAUUUAUAAAGGGUCUUUCACUUCUGGGAUGUUCCAAAUCAGCUGUCUAAAAACUGCCUGUUGACCAACCCUGAACACUAUGUGGUAAAGUUGAAUUUGACUGAUAACAAGUCAGCCAUUCCAAACUAUAAAAAUAUUGCCUUAUUCAAAAGAUUAGAUUUUACGAUUCUAGCUUCCUUUUGUAUGUUUUGAGACAUAAAUUUGGUAAUCAGCAAAUUGGGGGAGGGGCAACUUGGCAAGAACAUAUUACCACCUGAGGAGCAGUGAAUGGGAUUCCCCUCAAGAAAUGAAGCCCUCAAACAGCCUCCUUCAACCCUUUGAUCCCUGUUCACAGAACACUAGUAUAACUACACCUGGACUGAAUUCAGAGAGACAUGGGGGCAGUGAAGGGCUGUGCCCGGGGCAGCCCUACAAUUCAGGAUAGGAUCAUAAAAUUUAAGGGCCACUAACCCAUCCAGCCUCAACCCUCCGCCUCCUGCCCCCCCAUGUGAUAGAUGAAAAAAACAAAAGUACAAGUGACUUGCCCAAGGUCACAUAGAUGGUAUUGGAAAGAGGUGAGAUUUGAAACCAGAUCCUUUGAUUUCAAAUCCAGUGUCCUUUCCACUGCCUCUCAAAAAAUACCUUAGGUAAAUUCUUUGGCAUCUCUUAACAUCAAUAGUUGGGACCUUUUUUGACCUUAGCAAGAGAAAUAAAAUAAUCUAAAUGCUAGUUUUCAGUGUCUUGGUUUUUAACGUCUUUUUAGAGCAAGACGUUGCCUUUCUUGAAGGAGCUUUUGGGAACCAGACACUGACUUCUCUGGAGUUUAGAUGCUCAGUCAUCCUGUAUGAUUGUAGGUUGAGUAGGUUGUUGACAGCUAUUCAAGAAGCAGCUCUAAACAAGUCCAAAUCUGCCCCUGGAACUCAGCCUGACACUUUUAAUAAACACUUGAGAUUACCCCAUCAUACCACAGAUCUCUGCCCUGUCUGGAGAGACAGGUUCUUUUAUUUAAGCCCACUGAUGCUGUAGCCACACAUUUUUUUCUCUGCUAAUUAAUGGGAAAUAAAUUGAGCUUUAAAAAGGCAAAA